GAUCACGUGACUGGACAUAUCGGACCAAAACACAACAGACGGCUGCGGUGGUUUUGUCAACAAACGUAUCAAGACGCUGCUAACUUUCUCUUGACCUUCGUGCUCCACCUGCGGCCCCAGCUAACCCACAGCCUCCUGCCGGCAGACAGGCCGUCUCAAUGACUUACAGAGGACCGAGAACACCGAGGCGUCCAUGGAUGUGUACGACUUGUUUAGUAGUUGCAGAAAGGGCGACAUUUGUAGAGUCAGGUACCUUGUUGAGCAAAGAGAUGUGGACCUCAAUGUGAGAGAUAAAUGGGACAGCACGCCUUUGUAUUAUGCUUGCCUCUGUGGCCACGAGGAGCUGGUCCAGUACCUGUUGGCUAGUGGUGCCAAGUGUGAAGCCAACACGUUUGAUGGUGAAAGAUGUGUGUACGGCUCCCUGAGUGACUCGAUCCGACGCCUGCUCAAGGAAUACAAGUGUGUCAGCGUCCGUGCCAUGCAGCGCAAUGACUUCAACUACUUCCUACACAUGUUGUUAGAACAAGGUCACAACAGUGACGUUAAGUUCCUGGUUCAUGGACAAAUGUUUUCGGCUCACCGAUGCGUUCUCAGCGCACGCUCGGAGUAUUUCACUGAGAUGUUUGAAACAAAAUGGAAAGGAAAGAGCCUCAUAACCCUCAAACACCCCUUGAUCAAUCCUGCAGCCUUCGCAGCAAUUCUGCAAUAUUUCUAUACUGGACGGAUGGAUAUUGAUAUAAGUCUGGUGGAGGACUGUAGGCGACUUGCCAAACAGUGCAAGAUGGCAGACCUUAUUGAAGAGCUGGAGAAUAAAUGUAAACAGGUCUAUGAAUUUGUGUCCAACAAGCCUGGAACCUGUGUCAAAGUUCUCAGCUUGGAGCCUCACACCUGUCAGCUCCAAGAGGAGAUGGCCCAGUUAGCAGACUGUGCUCUGCCCACUGAACUAAGGGUUGGAUUUGGGGAACUUCCCUUUAACAGAGUUGAUCUGUUCCCAACUUAUCCUGACAUCUGCUUCAGAGUAGAGGGUUUUGAUUUCUUAUGUCAUAAGGCCUUUUUUUGUGGCCGCAGUGAUUAUUUUAAGGCAUUACUGGAAGACCACUUCAGCGAGGGCCAGCAGCUGCAGUCCCAGCCCAGCACCCCAGUGAUAACGUUGCACAAUAUCGCCCAGGAAGUCUUUAUCCACGUCAUGUAUUACAUCUACACUGAUGAUACAGAGCUGACGAUGGACAGCGUGUUUGAUGUUCUGUGUGUGGCUGACAUGUACCUGCUGCCGGGGCUGAAACGUCUAUGUGGGAAGAUUCUAGCCAACUCUAUUUGUGAGGAAAAUGUCCUGCACAUGUGGAAGACGGCAAAGCUUUUUCGUCUGUCUCGGCUUGAGGAUCAGUGUACAGAGUUUAUGGCAAAGAUUAUUGAGCGGCUGGUGGAGCAAGCCGAGUUUGCCGAGAUGAUAAAAGAGGAUGCUGCGUCCCUGGAGGAGCGUCAGGAGACAGACUCAGUUCCUCUGGUAGAUGACAUCCGCUUCCACAUCGCCAGCAACGUGCAGACAUACAGCGCCAUUGAGGAAGCAAAUCAGAAGCUGGAGGCGCUGGAGGAGCUGCUUUCUAGCAUCAACAUUGACUGCUGAGUGGAGUCAUCAGGGCCUUUUCUCUGGUGUACAAGUUUUUAAGGUUGACUUUGGAGGGGAUCCUUAGUGGGGUGAGAAAAAACAAAAAACAUACAGCUUAUUAUUUAAAGUUUUGUUUUGUUUACAGUAUAUGGCAAAAAUAAUUCUAGAGCUGGGACUGCUGUACCUUUUGGGUAUUCUGAGAUUUUUGUUUGACUUUUUACAAAGAGCAUCCCAAACAAGACAAAAUGAUCUGGAAUAUUUAUUUUCUGUUAUAAAAUCCUAUUAUUAACAUAUUAUUAUUCCAUCACACCUGCAUGAUAUACAGCAUCUAGAACUAAAACCUAGUUAAACUGAUGUAGUUUACCCUAAUUACUGUCAUCUGUAUCAUGUCAAACUUCAGAAAAUAGUAUUUUAAUGCUAAAGAAAGGAUAUAGAGCACAUAUUAUGCUCUAAUUGUCACAUUUAAGAAAAAUGUGUUUGAAAAAAACAAACAUUUCCUCUAGUACUUCAGAUAAGACUCUGUUAUUCUUUUAUUUUAAUGUGCUGUGUUUUAUUGACAAUAUUCUGUGGCUCUCCUUCACUGAUUGACUUCCUUCUUGUAUUUUCACACUUCUCACCCUCUAAUCCUCUCAUGCACUUUGCUUCCGUUGAAAAUGGAAACUCUUUCCAGUAAACCUUUCUUGCCUUAUGUGUUUAGCAAAUAAACAGAAUUAAA